AUAUUACAAUUGACAAUUGCUGUUUAACGCAACUGAAACUCGGCUGUUUGCACGUCUAUCAUACGACCCUACGUGUGCCCACCCUCUCUCUCUCUAUUACAGAUACCAUGGACGAGUAACCACGAGCCGCGGACAGCAGGGAAUAGACCGCUUUUACACGCCUCCGAGUGGCCUUGACAUACUUUUGUACCCCGCUGGACUAGUGCCCUUGGUUUCGGUUUCAAUAUAUGCCCGUUGUUGCUUCGCUCUUGCGUCAUCCAAUCUGUGCGAGUGUGUGCUCUAUAUGCCUUGUGGCUGCAAUAAUACAAAUUUCCAUACUUGCACAUUUCAGAACCGGCGUGUACCAUCGCCACAUCCUCGCGAACGUCGAAUACUUCUGACAUCCUGACAUCCCACGCUACAGUGCCACAGUUAUUGGGACUAUGGAGCAUUCGUACAAACAGGUUCAUCAAAUCACAUGCGGGACGGUAGAAAGUAUCCCUCGCCGUAAUCUUAUCGACUCUUGUAUACAUGGCUAUAUUGCUUGUGGCGUCUCAACCGGUGUUCUGCUGUUCAAUGUACAGCGUUACCUCAAAGCUACCGGUUCGUGUACAUUAAGGAAAGACAAGGCUCUGCCAGAACACGAUGCGGACUGUCGAAUCACUUGCACGGAUCCAGUGCAUUGGGUCGCCUUCAACAGUGGCGGUCUGGUUUUGGCUGUUGUUACAUCCAACGAAGUACAAGGCACUUUUGUCCAUUUAGUCGAUCUCGUGGAGCUUUUACGGGUUGGCUCCACGCAACUUUCUUCAAUCAGUCGUUCAGUUCGAGUCUGUGGUGGAGAGCCCUCAACCGCAACGGGACAGCCGGGUUGGGAGAUUAGAGAUUUUGCCUGGAGUCCAGCAUCACCGGAUACAUUUGUACUUAUCCUCAAGUGCGGGGUUGUUCGAUUAAUAUCCGCAUCACCUGACAGGUCGUCUGAGUCAGUAACAGUAAUUGGUCAUUUACAGUGCGAUGUGGACGCCCAGUGUCUUUCAUGGAGUGGAAAAGGCAAGCAGUUGGCAGUUUGUCUGAAUGGUAUUCUUCCAACUGCUAACGGCACUGUCCAAGGCCCGCUCAUUCUUCAAACAGACCCGCAGCUUCGACUCAAGCGCACAGUAGCUCUAGAUUCUGUGCUGCCGCAGUUUUCAGAUGCAGGUACAACUCCUCAGCCUUUGGAUUUACUCUGGAUUUCUCCUUCCUGCUUCAUUCUUGGUCUACAGUGUGGUUCCAGUUUGCGAGCGGUCCUGGUCAGUGCUCCAACCAAAUCAACCGUGGUCACCCAUACUGAAUUGGUCGAACUAUGUGGCAUUACAACCUCUCCCCAUCGCCAGUAUUACUUCCGCGCUGUGAACAGUCACUACUUUUUGGCGACUCAUUCAGCGGGUGAAGAAGUCUUGCUGUACCACCUACCAGCUCAGUCUAGCACUGUCGUGUCUGGAGAAGAACCACCACCACCACCCACCGGUUUACUCAGUAUUGAACUCCCUCCAGAUGGUUCCCCGAUCGGUUUGAGUUUGGGCUUCCACUGCGAGUCCGGUAGGCCACAGCCAUAUGCCAUCGUGAGACUUACGAACGGGAACCUUAGUCCGUUUUUGCUUCAUAUACCCACCAUAUUGGAAUCUCUGCAACCCACCUUACCCAAGCCGAUUCACUUGCCCGCGCCACCACCAACAGUAUGUGCCCCGGUCAACCUCUGCGUUUCAAAGCCCGAUAGUUCAGAUGGAAUAUUACUUCGAGAUUCCGCCUCUCCCUUAUCCGUACCAACUGCAACUACUCCUUUGCUGCCUCCUAUCACGAAUGGAUUAUUCUUGGGCCUCAUACCACAAACCGGUCAACAUUCGUCUACUAUUAAAGCGCCAACUCAGACCCCUUCGAAAGAUAUCUCAACUCACACUUCACAAUCAGUCACUUCACCGUUUGCGGACAGGACACGACCUCCUUAUUCGGAACGACAUCCACAGGUCGCCGACACGAAUGUUUUAGCCCGAACUCAUUCAAGUCACCUGAAGUCAUCAUCCCAAGACCGGGUUGCACGUUUGCCGCACUCUGUGGAAAUCGCAGCCAUACAGUUCACCACAGCUUUGUUGGCUGAAGCUGAAGCUGGACGUGCUGCUUGGCGUGAAUUGUUUGACUUAAUGAAGCGUGGAUCGCAUGUCGAAUCCAAACAAGAAUCUUCUACUGGGGUUGACGUGAUCGAAGCUCGACUGUACGACGUUAACGUGUUCAUGAAAGCAAUAGACGAGGUACUGAAUGAAGUCCAUACCAGUGCAAAAGAUCGCAGACAGGAGUUUCUGAACGCACAAAUCUAUGCUGAGAAGGUCCGGCAGGCAUUUCGUCUAUGUGCUAGUGAAGCAUUUAUUCCCUCAUUGACCAGCCAGCUCGAUCCGGAGGCUUCUCGUUUAUUGGAACGCUUGAAGCGUCGGUCGCACCUGGCUGAGACUAGCCUAUUUGAUUUGGAGGCUCAGCUGGAGGCUUUGUCAGCCGAAAUAGAAAACUGUGUGGGAGCCAAGCGUUCUGUGGCAAAAAUGUUCACAGAAGUUGACUCAGCAGAAGACAGGUCCCUUUCACAUAAAAAGGUUCUUGAAACCCUGGGCAUCACUGAGCGUCUUAUUCGCGCCGAACGUGCCCGUGUCGAAUACCUGGUGGGGAGUUUGCAACGCCUUCGGUUGACUGCUGCGUUCGAUGGAUCGGGAGUAUUGUCUCCCUUGGCUCGCAGUGGAACUCCAAGCUCAUCGGGGAAAUAUCGCGGGACCCAUUCGAAAUCUGGUCGAGGGACUGAUGACUCAAUCCCCAGUCCAGCUUACCAGUCUUUGAUUCAACGUGAUCGAGCCCUGUAUAGGUUAUUUUCCAGCCAUACUCUUUCUGUGGUUGAUGCUCCCAUCGCUCUCCUAACAAUCGAUGCAGAUACCGACGAUGAUCAGUUGAUAUCGGAGUCAGCAGAGCCUGCGUUGCCUUCUUCCCUAGUUGUACAAGGUCAACAGAGAAAGUUAGAACAGCUGGUCGGUUUCUCAGGCGAAGCUGCGUCAACAAAUAGUCCACCACCAAGAGACCCAGACCCGCUCACUCAAAAACAUCCGGAUCCUAUUGUCUUUUCGGCCAAUGUGCGUCCUUGUGUAACCACUUCCACCCCACCAUUGCCUCGCAUUCAUCUGGUCUCCUCUCCCCAGACUGAGUCCUCUUCCUCCACGAAAUUGGUUUCUGCCUCACCGACUGUCCAUCAAACGCCAGCGCCUUCUUCCACAUCUGUGAACAAUUCUCAGGUGGCGGAGAUACCUCCAACCUCAUCCCAGUCUCCUUCCACAGGGUUGUUUGCCCUUGGCCAAAAGUCCACCUUGGCCACGUCACCAGUGAUAGUCGAUCAAAAAUCCGGCUCUCCAGCGACUACCCAACGCAUUCACAAUUCGGCAUCGACGAUCGUGAGUCCUACGAUGUCAACCGCUGCAACAGCGACAACAGCAUCCAUGGGAAUAUUUGGAAGACCGCUUGUAUCAUCCGGUCCAGUGUGGACUGGUUCACCACCUCAGUCAACUACAAGCACUUCUGCGUCUCUAGUUUCUGCAGCAAAACACGUGUUUAGCUUUGGAUCUUUCGGACAAACUGUUACCACAACCGCCAUGCCUACUGCGAACACCACUAGUGGUAUUUUCGCCAGUCCGUUUGGAGGUUUGUUCAGUUCGUCGGCCGCUCACUCUGCAAAAACAACGUCAGUUCCUCGGUUACCCUCACUGUUCGGGGCUCCAGUCUUUUCGGGCGGCACCUCGAACUUUUUUGGAAGUCUCAGUACUACGACGGCCCCCAGCACAACUUCUGUGACUACUGGACCAGCACCACCGACUACAACUCAAGUGAGUGGUGGUGGCCUCUUUGGUUCAGCUAUAUCUUCUCAACCGUUGGGCAGUGGUGGCAGUGGCCUGUUUGGCUCGUUGCUCAGCACGGCAGUGGCUACGAAACCAUCGGCUCUCGUGACGCCGUCGUCGACUACCACCUCAGUAACUACCAGAGCUAGUGGUUUAUUUGGUCCCACCGCGGCUCUUGCCACGCCUGCCACUUCCUCAAUAACGACCACCAUAACCACGGGUGGUGGCCUUUUUCAGUUCAAUCAGGCCAACUGUCCGGCUGGGUUAUUUGGUGUUAUCACUGGAACGGCUAGCACAAGAACUGCUUCCGCCACUCUACCAAAAGAUGUCAGCUGCUUGUUUUCCGGCUCCGCCUUUGAACUAGGCUUACCCGCUCCAACAACUCAGAACUCUGUCCAAAAUGCGUUUGAUCGCCCCACUGGCUCUCCAUUGGUAUUUGGCGGUGGUCAAAAUGGUUUGUUCGGCACCGCAACUCCGCAGUCCGGGAGCGGUUCGUUUGGGGCUCCUGCUUUCUGUGUAGCUACGUCUCCAACUACGGCUACAACGACAGGUUCCAGUUUGUUCGGCCCCACAACCGGUAGUGGUUUAUUUGGCAGUGUUCAGCUCAGUCCGUCAUCAUCGCCCUCCGCGGGUGCAUUUGGAGCUCGCCCGGUGUUUGGACAAUCUGCCUUUGGCUCCUCCGGUCAAACUGUCCUUGGUGGCGCAACCGCGUUUGGUUCCGCGGGUCUUUUUGGUGCAACCGCUGUCAUCAGCCCAUCAUCUGUAAACCCUCCCGGCAUGUUGUUUGGAGCGAAUACCGCAGCAGCUGCGACGGUUGGUGGAGGUCUUUUUGCUGCCUUGGCAGCGAAGUCAGAGAGUCCAUCGUUUGGAAACUUGGCAAUGGGUUCACCGCCACCUGCUGCUGCACCAGCUUCGCCUUUCGUCCGGACGGCGGGAACGUGUUUUCUUCGCAGCGUGGCCUGCUACACGUGUUUCAUAAUUGUCCGUGGACUUGUGGAGAGGUUGACUCCCUGCGCGCUCGCGAGUCUGUGUGUGCUGACUGUGUUCGGUUUCCCUAUAUGUAGGUCCGUUUGCGCGUACGCCUCAGCCUCGGUUGCCUCCAAUCAAGAAGGUCCGUCGCAGACGGGGGUUGAAAAUGCGGCGUGGUCCUCCACUGUAAAGGAUAUUGCUUUUUCCCGCCGGAGAAGUCAACGUAAAAGUACUAGCUCGCGUUCUUCUAACAGCGAUGUUACACCCGAACCGCCAUUCAGUCCCACAGAUCCUCCGGCCACCUUCUACUCCAGGGCUAAAGAGUAUUGGGCCAACGUGUCUCCCACCAUCGAUGGUAUGCUUGGUGGUUACUCAUCCUUGAAUGUGCCGGAUAUUGAGGAUUCGCACGCAUUUCUAGAUGAUUACGGCCCUAACACAACGGCAUACGCUUUGGAUUGUGGUAGCGGAAUCGGACGUGUUACCAAACAGCUCUUAUUACCACGAUUCAACUCUGUGGAUAUGGCUGAGCUAACUCAGGCAUUUCUGGACCAAAGUGAGACGUAUAUCGGUGCGGAGGACUUUACGCGCGUCGGUGAACGCUUCUGUACUGGAUUACAGGAUUUUAUUCCACCCCGAGGACGUUAUGAUCUCGUUUGGAUUCAGUGGGUUCUGGGGCACUUGUCGGAUGUCGCCUUGGUCGGUUUCCUUCAACGGUGCGCCCAAGCGCUCUCAGGCAAUGGUAUUAUAGUCGUGAAAGAGAAUGUGACUUCAACCGACCCGACGAAUCCGGAUUCAGAAGAAAGCGAAGCAAAUUUUGAUGACAUCGACAGCAGUUUUACCCGGUCCCGCACUGCUUUUCUCGCAAUUUUUGAAAAGGCUGACUUGAUUGUAAUUGGUGAACGCCUGCAAACCAAUUUCCCGAAAUCAAUCUAUCCUGUGCGCAUGUUUGCACUGCGUACCCGCACACCCCCGUCGCCCAUAACUUCCAAGUGAACCCUUUAACGUGACUGUCCACCUCCUCACUCUGUUCAUAAUUCUCACAAUGCUGUGUUUUGCUGAUAACAUUCCUUUUUAUUCUCAUACUCGCGAUAUUGUAUUCGCUCAGAAUCUAUCGUUACUCGCCGAAGAACACUAUUUUUGGGAUCGCUGCCAAUCCAGCCUACAAGUGAAUAAUAACC